GACUCUUGUAGCGCUCGUUCUACAAUAAAGAAAUGUUUGCCGGCCACAUCGCCGAUCUUUGUAAUUAGGUCACCUUUUUUGGAGUCGAAUUUGCCUGCUUAGUACUGUAUCUUCAACAACGAGGCCGGGAAUUUAUCACAAAGAAGGGAAAGAGAGUCAGUCCACCACGGCCGCCAUUGCUUCGGCGAACCAUCCACCUCAUAAUAAUCAGCCUUGGCCCAUCUCCACUCUAUUCUCCGCGAGAUUUCUAUUCCUCGUCGACUGAAAAAGGAAACAAAACACACACACACACACACACACACACACAACCCAAAAAAAAAAGGAAAGGAAAGGGCAGACCAAGCAUAAAAGAGAAGUCAUGUCGACUACGCCCCCGCUCCCUCCGCCUCCAGGCCUCCCUGGAUUUGCAACAGCUCAUUUCGACCACCGACGGGACUCGGAGUCCGUGGCCACGUUACCACCGUACCAGCCCGCAGACGAGCCGCACAAAGGAAAAGAGAAGAAGAAGAAGAAGGAACCGCUGGUGGCUUCCUCCCCAAAGGCUGAUAGGGCACAGGAGCGGGCAAGGAUGGCGGAGGAGAGGGAGGAGAGGAAGAAGAGAGAGAAGGAAGAGAAGAAGAGGGAGAAGGAGAGGGCGAGGGAGGAGAGGAGAAGGGAGACAAAGGGGAAGAGAGGAAUCGAGCUGGGCUCGCUCUCGGGCAGCAAGGUGCUGGACGCGGGCAUUUUUGCCUCCUUGUGCUGCUGCCUCAUCUGCUGCUUCCCCUGUGGCGGUGGUUUGGCUGCCGUCUUGAUGGAUUGAUUAAUAGCUUGGGCUAAUUAAUA